AUGGGGAGGGGUAGUAGGAGUUUGAGGGCCAUUUUUGGAGCUGUUAUAUUUUGGGGUGUGAUUUGGUUCUUGUAUGUUGGAAUCCUAGCAAACCGAGCAACGACACUAAUGGCAAGAAUUAGAGUUUCAUCAGCUGGAACUUUGAAGCAUUUGAAGUUAAGUGGAAGAGAGAGUCAUGUUAUUCAUCAUGACUUGGAUCUCAAUUAUGUGAGCAAGAGAAGAGUGCCCAAUGGACCUGAUCCCAUUCACAACAGGAAAACAUCCCUGUCUAGACAACCACCUGGUCGAUCCUAA